AUGGCACCAACCACAGAACCUCUCAUCCGCCUAACUCUCCGCCUCAAAAAGCGCGAAGACAUCACCCACGAGCAAUUCCACCAUCACUGGACCCAUGUCCACGGACCGCCCGUCAGUGACUGGCUGCGCCCCCACGGGGUGAUCAGAUAUGUUCAGUACCACCAACCGCCCGAGCUUCGCGCCAAAGCCGCCGCCCUAUGGGACUUCCUGGGGGCCGAUUCCAUCUCGGACUGA